AUGGGAAUGCUGCUGAGAGCAGCCAUGCUUAUGAGUCCUCUUCUCUUCUGCAAUGCUUUUCUGGACCUGAUUGGCCCCAAUGAGAUCAACGGCGUAUGGAAGGGAUCUACCACCUUGCCAUGUGCCUAUGUGCCUGUGAAGGACUUUGUGCAGCAAAUGCUCAUGUGGUCUGUGGUACAUGACCAGAGCUCUGGCACUGUAUUUCGGAGGGAUAGCUCUGGCGACCACGUCCUCCGGUCCGAGUACAGGGACAGGGUCAGCGUCCUGAAGGACACCCCAGGGAACGUGUCUCUCCACAUCCUGAACCUGGAGGUCUCUGACAGGGGAACCUACACUUGCCAUGUCACCUGGAGAGCCAGCAACAACAGCCUGAUAGCAAAAGAGAUCACCAUUAAAGUGGAAGUUGUUAAAGUUGCAGUGACCAAGCCCGUCAUCAGGGCCGGCGAGCUGGGGCUGACAGUCCCGGCAGGAGCCAGGACCAGCCUGACCUGUGUGGCCAGCGGGUCCCCCCCCAUCAGCUACCGCUGGUUCAGGAGCGCCCCGGGAGGGAAAGCCCUGCUCCUGAGCAGCCAGGCCGAGCUGGCGUGGGACAGCCUGCGGCCCUCCGACACCGGGAAGUACUACUGUGAGGCAGAAAACAGGGUCAGGGCCAGGGCUGUACAGCAGAGCGACACCGUUGAGCUGACAGUGAGAGAUCUGCCCACAACAACAGUGGCCUCUCAGAGGGAUGUGGGAACCACAGGGAGGGACCGCCCAACCACAGCUCCGGAAAAAAACCAAACGGAGCUGGUGUUCAGAGGUACCUCAGUAAUCCCUUGGACUCCAUGGGGCUCUAUUACAUAUACCACUCUUACAGAUCUGCCCAUAACAAUAGUGACUUCUGAGAAUGAUGUGGGAUAUACAGAAAAGAAUUAUACAACUCGGAAUUUCCAGAGGACUCAUCUGUCCCUGCACCUGGUCAUCCUGAUUGCUGCGGUUUGCGGUGCUGUGGUUUUCCUUGUCAUCUUUCUUAUCAUUUGCAUUAGAAAGCCCAAAGACGCUCAAGUCUAUGAAGUAAAAUUCCAUAAGUCGAGAGCAGCAGCUUCUUCAAGGUGUAAAAGUACAGGUUAUUAUGAGGAACCCAUCUCCUCCACUGAAAACAACUAUGUGAUGGAGGCCAUGAAAGACAAAAGCUCUGAAGAAAUAAAUACGAAAAAGAAUGAAUAUGACUGUGUUGGAAACACCCAGGAAUCUGUAUAUGAAGUAGGGGACACUAUAUGAGAACCAAAAAUGCUCUACAGGUAGCAGUCCUGAAGAGUACCUUCAUCCAGGCAA